AUGGCUCUUAAUUUAGACAUGAGCAAAGCGUAUGAUCACAUUGAGUGGGCCUUUCUUGAAGCUAUGCUUUUAAAGAUGGGUAUCAAUAUUAGUUGGGUCGCUUUGAUCAUGACCAGUGUGUCUUCUGUUAAAUACAAUGUUGUUCAUGGACUUUCGGCUCUUAUUCAAAGAUUUGAGCAAAGACAAUGGAUUCAUAGUUGUAAGAUCGCCUGUGGUGCGCCAUCAGUCUCACAUAUGCUUUUUGCCGACGAUAGCUAUCUGUAUUGUCAAGCCUCGGAGGAAGAAGCUUCUCGUGUGAUGUCUCUGCUGCAUAAAUUUGAGGUUGCCUCGGGGCAAAAGGUGAACUUGGCAAAAUCAUUGAUUUUUUUCAACAACAAUAUUGAUGCCUCUGUGCAUCAACGAAUUAUGGUUGUUACGGGAACGGUCCAAGCUCAUGAACAUAGCAAGUACUUAGGUCUUCCAAGUACUAUGGGUCGAAAUAAGACUGAUGUUUUGGGUUUUCGUAAAGAAAAGGUGAGGAAAAGAGUGGAAGGUUGGGAUGAAUUCUUGUUAAAUAUUGGUGGAAUUCCUCUUCGGGUCAAGGAAGGGGUAUUAUUUGGAAAAGUUGGGAUCAUAUGGUGGCUCACGAACAUGUUGGGGGCAUGGGUUCUAGGAAAACAAGCAUGGAGACUCUUGACUAAUGAAAACUCUUUGGUUGGUAGGAUCUUCAAGGCAAAAUAUUAUCCCAAUGGCUCGUAUGUUACUGCUUCUCUUGGACAGAACCUGAGCUUUGUGUGGCACAGUCUCUUUGAAGCUCAGUCUUUGAUCAAAACUGAGUGUCGUUGGUGCAUUGUAGAUGGCAGUUUUGUUUCUGUUCUUGAUCAAGCUUGGCUCCCCCAUUCGGAAAAUCCUUUUAUUACUUCAGACCAUCCUGCAUUUGAGGGAAUUAAUGUUCAACAGCUUAUGGUUACUGGAAGUUUUUUCGGUGUUCGGACGGUCGGUGUACUCAGUUUGGUUAGUUUCUUAGAUUUUUUGCUCACCCCUACAACUGUGGUGGAAGAGGAGUUUGUCGAGGUUACGCUUGAUCUUCAAGAUGAAGAUACCAUUUUACUUUAG